AAAAAACAAAACCAAAAACUGUCUGUCACAAAAAUAAAAUAGUCGGAAAUAACAUGCAAAUGGUAUUAAAUUUAUAAAAAUAAAGUAAAGUUGUUAUAUAAAACAAAAGAGUAAGCAUGUCGGGUCAUAACAACUUUAUCGAUGGCAACGACAGUUUUCGCGAACAGAAUUUGCGCUUUGUCAGGAAUGAGUUUGAAGAGAAUAUAAAUCAAUUCUUUAGUGGUGAAGCUGCAGAUAAAGGUCAGGCUGGCAAUGCGGCGCCGCCACGCGAAUCAGUUGUCGUGCAACCCACGCCCGGUUUCUGUGUGAAGAGCUUCAAGGUCAACAGCAAUGAGAAGUUCUUUAUAAAUGUUUGCCAAGCACCGGAAGUACCAGGACCCAAAGACAUAACAGAUGGCGAGCUAAUAAGCAUAUUGGAAUCAACCACGCCGGGAUCGUUUCGAGUGCCGAUGAGCAUUUCGGAGAUGCGUAAUACCAAAGAUCGUUCGAAUAAUACUGUGGAAGUGUGCGACAUAGCGAUCAAUCCAAAGUUCUUGGCGAAAAUCAAAAAGUCACAGCUCUUUAACAAUUUCUUUUUGCAAAUCGUAGCCGAAGCGCUCAGCGAAAAAUACAAUAUUCAAAUAAUGAUGGACAAGACAAUUAUAUUGAGUAAUCGCAAAUUUAUUGGCACAUUGGUGGCGCAUCGUGUGAGAAACGACGAAGUGCAGCGGGCAGGUGGUGCGUGUGGUGCAGCUGUUGAAGCUAUCAUGGCCAAUGAAACUCCACGUCCGGCACAGCCAUCCACAUCCACGAAGCCGUCGAAAUUGGUGCAGGAAAUUGAUGAGCAGCAUGCAGCAAAUAUACGGAAUAGGUGGUCAAAAAAUCGUCAGCCCCUUUACAAGUUGCGGGCCCGAAUUCGCGAUGAGAACGUUGAUGAAAUUCAUGCCGAACUUUACUUACCCAAUUGCGUCUCAUCCCAAGAGUUCAGCGUGGACAUAGGCGAGGAUCGUAUUUUGGUCGAGUCUUUGAAACAUGGCUACUUAUUUGAUUCAUUUGUCAGAUAUAAACUCAAUCAGGACCGUGCGCAAGCGCUUUUUGAUAAAACAAGCAAGAUGCUUCAAAUUCGUAUUCCGAUUAGUGAACAAUUAGCAAUGGAUAGAUAUAACGCCUAUGGCAUUGGCCAGCGUCGACAGCCCAAUGAUGCAUCGUCUUUUGCGCCAAUUCGCGGCGGUGGUGGUGGCAGCGGCGCCGGCGGCGGUAACAGCAUCGUCAACGGUGGUGGCAGUGCAGUUGAUGACAAUUUUCGUCGGCCAAUGAACUAUGGUCGAUCGGAUAGUUUUAACAACGGCAACGGGAAUGGUUUCAAUAAUCAAAGAUUUUCUGAUAUUGAUAACAACAAAUUUGGAAUCAAUCAACGCUAUUCCGAUAUCGAUAACAACAAAUUUGGAAAUAUGCAAUCAAACAAUUUUGGACGUUCUAAUGAUGGCGGCAACAGCGGCUACUCAAAUUUUUCCAAUAAUAAUCAACGUUUUAACAAUAAUAAUAUUCAUGGAAAUGUUGCACCAAACAAAGGCAACUUCAAUGACAACUUUCGUCAACAACAGCCGCAGCAAUCACAGUCGCAUUCAAGUUUUCUGAGCCGCUCAUUUGAGCUGAGAUCAAACUCUGCUUCUAUGCCUGGUUCUGAUAAUUAUCGUGGGCCUCAGUAUCAACAACAACAACAACAGUUGCCAAGUAAUUUAGGCCUGGCCCGUUCCAUUAGCGAUCUUAAUUACAACAACAGUCACAUUAACAAAAACAACACGGACAACAAUCAACGUUUUUACAAUAAUGAUCGCAACAUGGACACAUUUAGACGUUCCGAUAACUUCAGUGGCGGUGGCGGAGGUGGCCAAGAGUCGAAUCAUAUGAACCGCGCUGGCUCUAAUUUCAAGUUCAACAAUGAUCGCCCAGCACCUCCGUUCGGGCGUCCCAAUAACACAGGCAACUUUGACAAUUUUAAUGAACGUAACUUUAAUAACGAGUUUCGUGGACCACAGCCUAACAACGAUUACACCUUAAACUUUGACAGCAACAAAAACAAUAUCAGCAAUAGCAGCAACAACGGCAACCAGCAAUCAUUUUACAAUAUUCCCAACAGCCAGACCAAUGGACAAAGCAACUAUCGCGGUCCAAAUAAUUCUGGCUCCUCUGGCAAUACUUUGUCAGUGUUGGAAACGGUCAACGCUUUGAUGAAAAACCAAUCGAACUGGCAAGUGGGCAACAACAAUUAUGGCUUUGGGCCCGGUAAACCGAUUGGCGGCGGUAAUCGUAACACCAAAUGGAAUUUCGAUAAUAAUAAUGGACCAGGCCCCAAGCCUCCCCAAACUGCAAUUGGCAAUAGACCACCUUUUACAAAUCAAGGACAAGGGCGCGCUCCUAGACAAAUUAACAGCAACAAUACUAAUUAUAAUAACAACAUAAAUAAGCAGCCAAAUGCUGCACGUAAUAAACAGCCUAAUCAACAGCAACACCAACCACAACACUUGAAACAGAAACAACAAGAACAGCCGCAGCCGCAGCAACAACCACAAAAACAAAUUGUUAAAAAUGUAUCGACAGUUAAGAAUGUGAGUGUCAAUGGCGGAAAAUCAAAACCUGUUAAUGGGCCGCCCAAAUCAAAUGCACCUGCUGCUCCAAAUACUCAAGAUAAAAGCGUCAACAACAAAAAAGAGAUUGAAACACAAAAACCACCAGCAAAUACUAAUGUUAAAGUUACAGGACAAAAACGUGUGGCGGAACCAGCACCUGUGCCUUUGACCAAGGCGGAUAUCAAGCGUCGCAAGCUUGCAAUUAAGCGCGGCUUUUUGCUUGGCGGCUUUAAGCUGCCGUAUAUCAACAAUCAGAAAGUUACCUUGCCUCAACCAGAGGAUAAAUCGUAUGCGAUUAUGUUCUUUGAACAGUCUCCCAAUUAUAGUACAAGCGGCGAAGAGCUGGACGAUGAGGAAAUGGCUGAGAGUCAGGAUUACGAACAGGAAGGCAAAAAUGCUGGACGCACCUUAGUGAAACGCAUACGCAAACGUUUGCAUUACGAGUGGGCCAUCAAAGAGGAGGCAAAGAAAUAUACAUCGUGGCAGAGCUGGUGGACGGAUUACAAGUGGUGCGAUGAAGCGAUCAAAGAAGAGCUGGCUUCAUUUGGCAGCAUCAAUUUGCGCAAUUGCUUUAUACCUGAUCUGCCGCGCUUGACCACCGAGCAGGUGGUCGACGUGAUCAUUAGCCAGGCUCAAUUUGGUUUGGUUAAGAAUUCAGACAAUUAUUUCAAUAAUAUGAAGUCAAUAUUUACACUGAUGAAUAUCACAUUUUUGGAGAACCUUAAGAUGCCGAAUACCGAGAAGGUUCAGGAUAUGAUUCGGGCUGUUCCAAAUGAUUUUUGGACUUACAAAAUGCGUAGCAUGGUCUUUUUGUGGGCUCAAUAUAAAAAAAUCUCAAAGACUUCGUCGCCGGCCACGGAAACUGGAGUCAAAGAGCUACAGGCCAUAGCGCGCGAUUGGAAGAAUCCUCUAUUCCAUUGGAUUGCCAAGCAGGCAUUCGACGAGCUGAAGGCUAUCAGCGAGGUGGAAUGGCCGGAACACAAGCAGCAGUAUCCAACUUUGGAGUCCGCUGCUACUACAUCUUAAAGCAAAUUCUACCCUUGUAUGCAUUUUUUAACCCAAGUUAAUAUAAAUUUGAUUAUAUAUAAAUGAUUUUUAUGUGUCCACCUAUAAGCAAAGAUUUGUAGAUUGAGAAUA